UUGUCAUUAUACUUCCACACAAGGGUGCAACAAUGGGUAGCUUAAAAAAUAACUUGAUAGUUGUCUGCUUGGUGGUGUUAUCCCUGUUCAACUUUAAUUUAGGCUCUCCCACUCAAUACUCCAUUUUGGGUUAUGAUCCUGAUGAUAUAACCUUAGAUGAAGGAAUUGCUUUGGUCUUUGAGCGAUGGAUGCAGAAACAUGGCAAGCUUUAUGCAAGCCCAGAAGAGAAGGAGAGACGAUUCAAGACAUUUCAAAGUAAGCUAGCCCAUAUAAUAGAUUGGAACUCCAAGCGAGGGCCAUCAGAUCAUAUUUUGGGACUCAACCAGUUUUCCGAUAUGAGUUUUAAGGAGUUUAGUGAAACUUAUCUUCUCAACAUGAAUGCUACACAAUUCAUACCGGUUGAAACAUCAAUAAAGAGGGUAAAGACUUCAUGCAUUCGUCCCCAAUCAUUUGAUUGGAGAUAUCAAGGAGCAGUAACCAAUGUCAAACAACAAGCAAGUUGUGGGAGCUGUUGGGCUUUCUCAGCAACAGGAGCGGUAGAAGCAAUAAAUUAUAUUGCUACUGGAAACCUUACAAGUUUAUCAGAACAACAAUUAGUGGAUUGUGUUUCCACAAAUUAUGGUUGUAAAUUUGGUACAUCGGCAAAUGCUUUCCAGUGGGUCAUCAAUAAUGGGGGCAUUACGAGUGAAGACUAUUAUCACUACAAUGGAAUACAAGGGAAUUGCAACAACAAUGUGGGCAACGUAGUAACAAUUGAUGGCUACGAAUGGGUUGCUAGGGAUGAAGAGUCCAUUCUUUGUGCAGUUUAUCAACAACCUGUCAGUGUAGCGAUUUUAGCUCUAGAUGAUUUUAAAGAUUAUGCAGGAGGUAUCUACAAAGGACCAAGCUGCCCAACAAGUCCAACACCACAGAGUAAUCAUAUAGUUCUGAUUGUGGGUUAUGGAACCUCGAGUGAUGGCACCGACUAUUGGAUAGUAAAGAACUCAUGGGGAACUGAUUGGGGCAUGUCAGGAUAUGUUCUUAUGGAAAGAAACCAUUAUUUGCCAUAUGGAUUAUGUUACAUCAAUGCAUAUGUUAACUAUCCCACCAAAUAUUCCUCUUCGUCUUCUACGUCUAGUUCCACUCAAAAUCCCAUGCCUCUGCAGCGUGUUUAGUAUGAAGACCGGCUUUAUAUCAAGGAAUAUAUAUGGAGAUUCCACAAGAGUAACUAUCAUAAAUAAAAGAGGCUCCAGAUGAACUCCUCGUCAGAUAUCUAUUAAAGGAGGAUGUAUGUCAUUUUUAAUAUAAUAAAUUGAAGAAAGGCUUGUUGAAGUUGGUGUGUAGUGAAUAAAUGUGUAGAAGCACUGUUUAACAUCUGAAUGUAUGAAUAUUAAAUAUUUAGUAGAAUCUUGCAUGCUGUUUGCCACCAA